GUUUGGCUUUAGUGAAGUACCAACCAAGACAACGAGCCGAGUCUUCUAGCCUUGAGUGUUUGAGCCCCUGAGGACUUGACCCAUCUCCUUCCUCGUCUGCUCGGUUGUUGAUCUCUUCCCAAAUCUAAUUCUGUCACUCUGCUUUAGAGUUUAAUCCAUGGCGGCAAUCAACCCUUCCACUCUCUCGAGCUCCUCUUUCUACGCCUUAUCUGCUCGUACGCCAAGAAAUGCCCCUAAUCUUUCUUUCUAUUCCCAUCUCAGACGCUCCACCGCUUUUCCUUCUCUGUCCUCGAAGCUCCACAAGUCUAGCAAAACAUCCCCUUCCUCCUCCACCAUGGUCACCGCUCUUAAGAAGCUUUCAGAGACGGAGCUCUUCUCUGUUCCUGAUGAAACAGAGCAACUCGCCACACAAUUUCCUUCAGAUUCUGGUGUCUACGCCGUCUACGAUGAGAACAACGAUCUUCAAUUCAUUGGUAUCUCGCGAAGCAUCGGAGCCAGUAUUCUCUCCCACAGGAAAUCAGUCCCCGAUCUCUGCCACUCCGUCAAGGUGGGAGUAGUGAAUGACCCAGACCGAACGGCCCUAACGCAAGCGUGGAAAUCAUGGAUGGAGGAGCAUAUUGAAGCCACCGGAAAGGUCCCAACAGGGAAUGAAUCAGGGAACACCACAUGGAUCCGGCAGCCACCGCAGAAGAAGAAGCCGGACCUCCGGUUGACGCCGGGACGACACGUACAGCUGACGGUGCCAUUGGAAGAGCUAAUUGAAAGGCUAGUGAAGGAGAACAAGGUAGUGGCCUUCAUCAAGGGAUCGAGAAGUGCUCCACUUUGUGGGUUUUCGCAGAGAGUGGUGGGGAUAUUGGAGAGCGAAGGAAUGGAGUUCGAGAGCGUGGACGUGUUGGACGAAGAGUACAACUUUGGGUUGAGGGAGAGUCUCAAAAGGUACAGCAAUUGGCCAACGCUUCCUCAGGUGUUUGUGAAUGGGGAAUUGGUUGGUGGGUGUGAUAUCAUAUCAUCAAUGCACGAGAAGGGCGAGCUUGCUUCUUUGUUCAGCAAGAGUAAUUAGUUAUUUUUGCCAUUACCCUUUCUUCUUCUAGGUUAUGCCUUGGAUUUUCAGGGAUGGGUCUGCAACUCUUCAUCUGAGAUUUAAUCCAUUUGUGUGAAAUGGGAUGCGUGCAAGGCUUGAAGCUGAUCUGAUGUACAAUUUCCCAUAUUUGUUUAACUUAUUUAGAGAGUUUAUGAUUGUAACAUACAACAAAUUCAUCUCUUACUUCUAUA